AUGGGUUUCUACGGAAAUGCUGUCCUGCUGGAGAGUGAUAUUGACAAAGUUAGAUGUUGUGGAAGAAUAGCCUCCUUUCGAUUCUAUCCUAGAAAUGCUGGCACUGUUAAAUUUGUGGUAUUUAGACCUACUGAAGAUAUUGAUUACAAGAGAAUUGCUGCCACUUACUCUGUCACAGUGGCUAGUGGAGAUUUAAAUAGUAUGAAAACAGUUGUACUUGAUGACGCAGAUAAGAUGACGAUUGCCGCAGGUGACACCAUCGGAUGGUUUGAUAAUGGUGCAAAUAUUAUUGCUUAUGAUUCAUGUUCUUCAACCUUGUAUCCUGAUGCCAGCUCAGCUACUGCACUCAACUAUCAAACAAACUACUGCCGAACCAAAACUUACAGACUGACCAUUAAUGGUCCAGUAGAUGGCGCUACUAUACAGUAUACACCAGGUUCCAAAUACACAAGAUUUUAUGCCUUGGAAUAUAAAGUUACAACCAAUACAGCACCAACGUUUUCUAUGAGUUCUCCCACUACUGUGUCUAUACCAGACCAUACUCCGAUUGACACCAGUGUUAUCAACCUUUAUUUUAAUGAUACUGAUUAUGGUGACUGGUUUGUCAAUAUAUACUCAGAGAGUCAUUCAUAUUUCUACUAUGACUCUACACUAGACACAGUAAAUGUGAAAACUGUCUUGCCAAAAACAAUUGGUACGCAUGAACAGGUUCAUGAAUUUGUUGUAUGGGCAGAGGACUCCUGCUAUAAUAGAGUCACAGGAACUGUUACCAUAACAACCUUCAAUGAGCCUAACUACUUCCCAGACUUGCCAAAAACAGUAGUGAUUGAUGAGACCGACACAGGAGAUCUGGUACCCUUCACUGUUGUUGAUGAUUAUGGUGAUCCUACAGAUAACUGUAUGAUAUCAGCAACCAGUCCUUCAACAACCAUGUUUGUUUUAAAUGGUUGGAAUGUUGCAUUGUCAAGUUCAGCUGCUAUGAAUAAAGAUGCAGGUGCUGAGUAUACUGUUGACAUAGAAUGUAAUGAUGGAACAGAUACCAACGGUAGUUAUAUAGUGAUCCAACUUAGGAGGAAUAUAACAGAGGAGGGAGAACAUGAACUCCACUAUUAUUAUAAUCAAACAGAAGGACAAGUAGCAAUAUUAGACUGUAGCGAUGAAGUCAGAAGUUAUGAUUCCUAUACUGAUUAUGUUGCUCCAGAAGAUGUAUAUAUAGUCAUAGAUGAGGUUAUUUAUACCUUUUUUGACGGUCGAUGUAUUCAUACAGCUCAAUAUGGAGUUUACCAUCAGUGUGAGCGGGAACAUAAGACUACAUGUACUUUUGACGUGACAGGGUCAAAUGUUGCUAGCUCUUGUGGCAAUACACUAGAAAAGAUAGGUGGAUUAUUUGUCCGUUACCACUGUGUCAGAGAAGGAGCUUGGACUACAUGGGGAGAAUGGGGAGACUGUAGUAGGAGCUGUGCUGGUGGCUAUGUCCAAAGGUUUAGAAAUUAUACCAAUCCUGAAUCAAAUUUCUUUGCUGAAAAUGUUGCACGUGAAGAUGAACUUCAUUAUGAUACUAAAAGAUGUAAUAUGCAUGAUUGCACAUUCAAUGGAGCUACCUGUCGAGAUGAAACUUUCACAGCAGUUUGCAGAGACUAUGAUACAGAUGGCAGAAUUUCAAUACUUGGCAGCACAUACACUUAUGGUUGUGCCUGGAACUACAAUACAGCUGACCCUUCACAUGACGUGACCUCAGCUCUUGAAUCCCACUGCGGCAAUCGUAACACAUGUCCAGUUGUUGUCAGUGACGGUAACAUGGGACAAUCUUGUAGUUUGAUGGAUUAUUUGACAGACAGUUUUACAUAUGAGUCAAUGUAUUGGUGUGGACAAAAUGGCUGGUAUUCAUGCUACUCUACGGUAUCUGACUCUAACAGGAAGUUGAAUUCUUUGUCAUACUGCGGGAAGUUGUACUGGGAUUAUCAAUGUACAAUACCUCAGUGGGCAAUGUGGGGUGAUUGGUCAUCCUGUACUGUUACCUGUGGUCAAGGAACUCAAACCAGGCAAAGGUCUUGUGAAAAUGACCAUACAACCCUUGAUGGAUAUAACAACGUGUGUUCUCAGGAUGGAUCAGAAAAACAUAGACAAGAAACCCGGGAUUGUCUUCUAAAAGGAAGUCAGCCUUACUGCACUUAUUGUAUAGAUGAGUGGCAUUACCCUUAUAACCAAAUUCCAGUAUCUAGCAUGGCAAAUGGUUAUAGUGAUAGUACAUCUGGAAAUGCUGUUUUACUGGAGAGUGAUUAUGACAUCAUUAGAUGUUGUGGAUUGAUAUCACAAUGGGUAUUCCGUCCAGCACGGUCUGGUUGGGUAACAUUUGUUGUAUGGCGACCUACAGGAUUUCCUGGUGAAGAUGAGUACAGAAAGGUUAUUGGAAUUAAUUCCUAUAGAGUUUCUACUGAUGAGAUAAAUACUGUAGUGACCUACACUCCUGGUACCACAGAGAGGAUAGCUGUUACCAAUGGUGAUAUGAUUGGCUGGUAUGACACCAGCAGUAACAACAUCAUAGCCUAUGAUGAGUGUAAUCCAUCAUCAUCAGACUCUACAACAGAUCAUAUCUACUUUACUAAGAAUUAUUGUCCUACAAAAACACGUAAAAUUACAAUAGGUACUCCUGCAGUUGAUAAUGUAGAAGAUUGGAAUAUAACAGCCCUGACAGGGAGAGUUUACGCUGUCCAGUAUUAUAUGGUUGCUAACACACCACCAUAUUUCACAUUGUCUCAGUAUACAAAAAAUGUACCAGAUUUUUGGACGGAGGACAUCAAUGUAAUGUCGUUCUACUUCACGGAUGACGACUAUGGAGACUAUUAUGCAGAUAUACACCCAGAUUAUGACCAUGAAUAUUUUUACCUGGACCCUACUAGACAACAAAUUCGUACAAAGACUGAUAUGUUCCAUGAACAUACAGUGCGCAAUCAUUAUUACACCUUUGUUGUGACAGCUGUAGAUUCUUGUCUCAAUCAAGUAACAGGAACUGUAUCCAUAACAACCUACAAUACGCCACCUUUUAUGAACAAUCUGGAUGCAUCAGUAAAUAUAUCUGAGUUUAUGACUUAUGGGGAGAUCUUUACUGUGGAUUUUGAAGAUAGAGAAAAUGAUUCUUUUACUUGGACGAUUCAUAGAGUAACUCCUUCGACAGAUAUAUUUUAUUUUGAAGGUUCCACAAUAAUGUUGGUAAAUGGGACAGUACUAGAUACAUCAAUUCUACAAUAUGUAUUACAAAUCAGAACAUAUGAUUAUGACAGAGCAAGAAACAAAUAUUUAACAGUGGAUGUAAUAGUAACUCCUGUUUUAGAACCCAUAUACUAUGAAUACAGUUCUGUGGAAGGUAACACAGCUUCAUUAACCGAAUGUGCCAAUGAGGUCAUACCAAAAGAAAAUUACACAGACUACAUUCCUCCUCUUGAUGUGUUCAUCGUUAUUGACAACGUAACUUAUGACCUUGCCAGCCAUUAUGGAUGUCUUCAUAACUUGACCUAUGGUGUCAAGGACAGGUGUGACAACAAAACUACUUGUUCCUUUCUGGUUACCAAUGCCAACGUUGCCAGUCAAUGUGGAACAGGAGGGGCUGCUGCAUUGUGGGUCAGAUAUCAUUGUGUCAGAGAUGCAGCUUGGACAGCGUGGAAUAACUGGCAUGACUGUACCAGAACUUGUGAUGGUGGAUAUAGAGUAAGAUAUCGUAAAUGUACCAAUCCACCAGUCAAUUAUUUUGGAUCAAAUCGUAGCUGUGAAGACAGCAUAGAUAAUGAAUGGGAACAGUGUAAUACACAUAUAUGUCUAUAUAGUAGUGAAACAUGUCGAAAUGACUACUUUGAUCCUACAUGUUAUAUCUAUGAUACCAAUGGAACAUUAGCCAUUACUAAAAGUAACUUCAGAGAUGGCUGUGCAUGGGAUUAUAACACAGAGGAUCCAUUUCAUACAGUUCUUCCUGUAGUAAGAGCAGAUUGUGAGAACCAUUUUGAUUGUAGUGUAUUGGUGAGUGACAAUCUGUAUCCCUGUUACACUGAUGAGUACCAGACAGUCAAUGAAACUUAUUUGGAAUAUCAUCGCAGUGGUUGGGGAUGGCUUUCUUACACGACUACAAAAUGGAGAUAUUACACAACUCGAGUUAUUUCAAUUUGUGGUGUCUUGAGAUGGAAUUAUACUUGCUUAAUUCCUCAAUGGACUCAAUGGUCUGAGUGGUCUGACUGUUCUCAGACAUGUGAUAGAGGAUUCCAGGAAAGAACACGUAUCUGUAAGGAUGAUACAGAAUCAGACACAGAAGAUGGUUACAUAAACAGGUGUGGACAGAGAUAUGAUGAAACACACACACUGGAAACAAGAGAAUGUUUAUUACUAGGGAAUCAUCGUUAUUGUCCUUAUUGUGAAGACAGAACCUUUAUUUAUGAAGAUGAAGUGCCUAUGAGAACUGCAGAAAAUGACACAGAUGAAGGAAAUGCCAUAGUGUUGAAGAAUGAUAUAGACAUCAUUAGAUGUUGUGGAUUAAUUGCCUAUUGGGAGUUUUUCCCAGUAAAUCCUGGGACUUUGAAGGUUAUAGUGUGGAGAUCUAUUGGUGUAGAUAACUACUAUGAAGUUAUAGGAACCAAUUCUGUCAAUAUUUCUGCCUCAGAUGUGAACAGUGUUUUUAAGUUUACACCUGAUGAUUCCGAUCGUAUUUCAAUCAUAGCAGAAGAUUUGAUUGGAUGGUAGGUUAAAGUAACGAAAAUGUAUCAAUAUAACAUAAAGACUUGAAUCAUAGAUAGAUUAAAAGAUAACAAUAUUUGAGGCUUUGGUUGAUAUGGUAAUCAUCAUGAUUUGGACUUAUAUGUUCUACCAAAUUCAAAUACGAUUGGAAAAGGCAAAAAUCUCAUGAAAUACCAGAAUAUAGCUAAACUAUGGUGUAACAACACUAAUUCGGGCAUAGCCAGAAAGUAGU